AUGACGCUUGAUUACACCACUUCAUACAUAGCACUUUUAUAUGCACAAACAUUGGUGAGAGGAUCAGCAGAAGAUGGGUAUUCGCGUCUGCCAUCAUAUCUCGUGCAAAUCUCCUUAGCAAAUCCCGAUUCUAUCACGGCUAUAGAACUUGAUUCUAUCAAUAGAUUUAAGUAUCUAUUUUUCUCUUUUGGAGCUUCUAUCAAAGAUUUUAAGUAUCGUAGAAGGGUCAUUGUGGUGGAUGGGACUCACCUAAGUGGGAAGUAUGGAGGUGUUAUGUUAGUUGCAGCCGCACAAGAUGGGAAUUUUCAGAUAUUUCCAUUGGCUUUUGGGAUCGUAGAUGCUGAAGAUGAACCUUCUUGGGAAUGGUUUUUCACAAAAUUGGCUAGUUGUGUAUCUAAUGAGCAGCCUUUGGUGAUAGUCUCCGACCGGCACGCUGCCAUUAAAAGUGCGUGUGAUAAGGUGUUUCCUUGGGCAACCCGAGGAAUAUGUUAUUAUCACCUUCAAGAUAACAUUGUCAAAAAGUAUAAAGGGAAACAUCUCUUGUACUUGGUGAAAGGUGCUGCUUAUGCUCAUACGGUUUCAAAUUUUGACCGGUACAUGGCUGAGAUACAGAGUGCAAACCCGGACCUUGCAACUUAUUUGGAGAAUGCCGACGUCAGCCUGUGGUCAAGGGUUUAUUGUCAAGGGGACAAGUACAACAUAAAAACAAGCAACAUCGCUGAAUCUAUUAAUUCCGCUCUGAAGCGAGCUAGAGGAUUUCCGGUUCAGUUCCUGUUGGAGUUCAAAAUUGAGAAGCUAGGAAAGUGGUUUUGGAAAAGGAGAGAAGAUGCUUUGAGUCUCCCAACUCAACAUAGUCGAGGUGUUGAAUACUUGCUUGCUGUUCGAUAG